AUGGCCGGGCGCUGCGGGGACCCGCACCGGCUGCGGCCGCAGGGGCGCGGCGGCGCCCGGCGAGACCUGACCGCUGCGCACAUCGAGUCCUUCAACUAUGCCGUCAGCGAAGGCAUCUACCGCGCCGUGCAGGAUCUCAACCCGAUGGAGAUGGCGCUGAAGGACAGACGGGUGUCGCUGGCUGUAGUGGGGGUGUCCAUCAUCCCUCCCGCCGUGCCGGCAGGGACGGUCUGCCAGGAGAGGAGGGUGUUCCCCGCCGAGUGCCGCGGCCUGCGCAGCACCUACCGCGGCAGAGUCACGGCUGACAUCAGCUGGUCACUGAAUGGCAUACCACAAGGGACCAUUAAGCAUACUCUGGGCCAUAUUCCAAUCAUGGUGAAGUCCAAGUUGUGCAACCUCUAUAAUCUUUCUCCACAAGACCUCAUACAGCACCACGAGGAGGAGGAGGAAAUGGGAGGCUACUUCAUAAUCAAUGGCUUAGAAAAAGUUAUUAGGAUGCUGAUUAUGCCCAGGCGAAAUUUCCCUCUUGCAGUGACAAGACACAAAUGGAAAAGCAGAGGCCCUGGUUUCACAGAGUAUGGACUAAUGAUGCACUGUGUGAAGGAUGAGCACACUGCAACAAACAUAAACCUUCAUUACUUGGAGAAUGGCUAUGUCAUGGUCAACUUCUUCUUUCAGAAAGAGUUGUUCUUCAUUCCCUUGGGAUUUGCUCUGAAGGCAUUGGUUGAUUUCCCAGACUACCAGAUUUUUGAGGAGCUGGUCAGAGGAAAAGAAGGCGACACCUUUUACGUGAACAGCGUGACCGAGAUGCUGAGAGCGGUCCUGGAGGCAGGCUGUUUCACACAGCAGAACGUCCUGGAGUACCUGGGCAGGAGCUUCAGAGUAAAGCUUAACCUUCCUGAGUGGUACAGCAAUGAACAAGCAGCAGAAUUCAUUCUGAGCAAGUGCAUCUGCAUACACCUGACAGACAGAACUGAGAAGUUUUACCUGCUCUGUAUGAUGACCCAGAAGCUGUAUGCUUUUGCCAAAGGCGAGUGCAUGGAGGAUAAUCCAGACAGUCUGAUGAAUCAAGAAGUGCUGACCCCAGGACAGCUUUUCCUUAUGUUCUUAAAGGAGAGGCUUGAGAACUGGCUGCAAUCCGUUAAGUUUGUUUUGGAGAAGAAAACAGAAAAGGCAGAUAUCAGAAUAAAUGAAGACAGCUUGGUGAAGGCUUUCAGCCUGGCAACAGACUUCUCCAAGCCAUUUGAAUAUCUCCUUGCAACUGGGAACCUGCGAUCUAAAACGGGCAUGGGCAUGCUGCAGAGCAGCGGGCUGUGUGUGGUGGGAGACAAGCUGAACUUCAUGCGCUACCUCUCCCACUUCCGCUGCGUGCACCGAGGAGCAGCCUUUGCCCAGAUGAGGACUACAACGGUCCGCAAGCUGCUGCCUGAGUCCUGGGGCUUCCUCUGCCCCGUGGACACCCCAGACGGAGAGCCCUGCGGGCUGAUGAACCACAUGACAGCACUGUGUGAGAUAGUGACCGAGACGGUGUCCGUGACAGACAUUCCACCUCUGCUGUGUUCCUUAGGUGUCAGCCCCAUUGAUGCAACUCCAAGCAAGCCUUACUCAGAGUGUUACAGAGUUGUGUUGGAUGGCUCCGUGGUGGGCUGGGUAGAGCAGGAGCUGGCUCCUGAGAUUGCAGAAACUCUUCGGCGUUUCAAGAUUACACAAGAGAAGAGAUUUCCUGCACGGGCAGAAGUGGUCCUCAUCCCAAUGACAGGCAAACCCAGCCUGUAUCCUGGGUUGUUCAUUUUCAGUACCCCGUGCCGGCUGGUGCGGCCCGUCCGGAACCUGCUGUACGGAAGGAACGAGUGGAUUGGUUCUCUGGAGCAGAUCUUCAUGAACGUGGCCUCACUGGAGUCAGAGGUGGUGCCUGGAACAACCACUCACCAGGAGCUCUUCCCUCACAGCAUUCUGAGUGUGGUGGCCAACCUCAUCCCCUUCUCUGACCACAACCAAAGUCCAAGGAACAUGUACCAGUGCCAGAUGGGAAAGCAAACCAUGGGGUUUCCAGUUUAUAACUACAAGGACCGCUCAGAUAACAAACUCUACCACCUCCACACCCCCCAGAGCCCUCUGGUGCGGCCCAGCAUGUAUGACUAUUAUGGUAUGGACAGCUAUCCAAUUGGCACCAAUUCAAUUGUGGCUGUCAUAUCCUACAGCGGCUAUGACAUGGAAGAUGCAAUGAUUGUGAACAAAUCUUCCUGGCAGAGAGGGUUUGCCUAUGGAAGUGUUAUCAAGAUGGAGAGCAUUGACCUUUCCCUGAAAGCUAGCAGGGCAGGAGAUAACUUAGUGUUUGGCAUCAGGCCUGGUGAUCCUAAUCUUACAGAGAAGUUGGAUGCAGAUGGACUGCCUUUUGUUGGCUCCAUCCUACAGCCUGGAGACCCCUUCUACAGCUUCAUGAACCUCAGCACAGGGGAGACCUUCACUGUCAACUAUCCGAACAAGGAAGUUGGCAUUGUGGACAACGUCAGGUUAUGCAGUAAUGACCGCGGCACUGGGAAGCUCAAGAAGGUCUGCAUCACUGUGAGGGUUCCCAGAAACCCAACUGUUGGAGACAAAUUUGCCAGCCGCCACGGGCAGAAAGGGAUCCUGAGUCAGCUCUGGCCAGUCGAGGACAUGCCGUUCACAGAGAACGGGAUGGUUCCAGACAUCCUCUUCAACCCUCACGGCUUUCCCUCGCGGAUGACCAUUGGGAUGUUAAUCGAGAGCAUGGCAGGGAAGUCGGCAGCACUGCACGGUGUCUCCUAUGACGCCACUCCCUUCACCUUCACGGAGAAGAACUCUGCUUUGAAAUACUUCGGUGAGACUUUAGUGAGCGCAGGUUACAACUUCUUUGGGACAGAGAAGAUGUACAGCGGCAUCAGCGGCCUAGAGCUGGAGGCAGACAUCUUCGUGGGAGUGGUCUACUACCAGCGCCUGCGCCACAUGGUCUCCGACAAGUUCCAGGUGAGGACAACAGGGCCCAGAGAUGCUCUCACCAACCAGCCCAUCAAAGGGAGGAACGUGGAAGGUGGGAUUCGCUUCGGCGAGAUGGAACGCGACGCUCUGCUGGCUCACGGGACCUCUUUCUUGCUGCAAGACCGCCUGUUCAACUGCUCCGAUGGCUCCGUAGCCUAUGUCUGCAUGAACUGCGCCAGCAUGGUAUCUCCUGUGCUGGAGAAACCACCGCACUCCUCCGCCGUGACGAGCAGCAGGAGGUACUCCUGCUCUGUCUGCAAUGAGGCAGACAGGAUCGAAGCUGUCCCAGUGCCCCACGUCUUCCGCUACUUUGUGGCAGAGCUGGCAGCCAUGAACAUAAAAACAAAGCUGAAGGUGGAGUAGCUAUGUCCUCAGGCAGGGUGUUGCUGCUGCCGGGAGGGAAGAAGCCGGUGGCAGUCCUGCGUCUGCCCCCCCGAGGGGUUCAAGUGUUCCAAGUUCUCAGGUUCUUCAAUUCGAUGUUUGUUUUUAGAUGAGGCAGCUGCCAAGCUGUACGGCAAGGAAAGGCAGCUCUGUUGAAGUUGAUGUUGCACUACCCACAGGAUCAGUCGCUCUUGAGAUAAGGCAUAUGGAAAUCAAGCAAAAUCACUGCUCCGACCAGCAAGCCGAGUUGAGAGUGGUGAGUUUCUUUGUUCUUCAAGUGCUGGAUGCAGCUGCAAACAUGAAGAGGUCAUAAAACAGCAUGAAGUGAAUGCUGGAAAUGCCAAAAGGACAUAUUUUGGGUUUUUUUGGAAGAAAAAAAAUCUUUUUACAACAAAUGCUUCAAUGAUGGGUUUGCACUAAAAUCAUUGGACAUUUUUUGUUUUGCUUUACUUCAGUACAUGUGCCUUGAAACUCAGGAAGAAGAAGGUGGCACAAAGUUCUACCCUGUGAAGCUGCAGCCUUGAACACAAGCGAGCCAAGUCGGGCGUGUGCUGGGGGUGAUUGGUGCUGCGCAGCGCAGGUGUCCCGGCUGCUGCUGCUGCCGCGGGACUCCGCGGUGUCCUCGCCGCAGGCUGAAGACCGAGGAAGCAGCCGGUGCUGUCAAGCGUGGGCGCCGCACGCCCGGAGCCAGCCGUGUCUCCGUCACUGCGCAGCAGCCCAGUCCCUGCAGCAGCAGCUGCCCCGCUGAAUGAGCGCCCCUGUGCCGCCCCACUCCCUCUGCCCAUCUCCUUUCUCCCGCUCUGCCUAUCCUCCUGGCCGCGCUCGGCUGGAGCCAAGCCCGCGGCCCCGGUGGCUGCCUCACGCUUCUCGUUAAAGAGUUCUUUUGUACGAA